UUCCGGAAGUGACGUAACACGCGGUGACCUUCAGAGGCGGUGGGCGAGUGUCAGGCCGGCCUGCACCGUUCGGCGAUUUCUCCGCUUCCUUUCCCUCCGCGCCGCUCCGUUCCGUUCCGCUCCCCGCCGCCAUGCCCAGGGGCAGCCGCAGCCGCACGUCCCGUGUGGCGCCCCCCGCCAGCCGGGCACCCCCAGCGAGAGCCCCGGCUCCUCGGGCCUCUGUUCCUGCAGCAGCUCCGCCUUCCGCCGUGGCGACCCCGGCGCCAAAGCAGCCAGGGCUGAUGGCCCAGAUGGCCACAACUGCUGCCGGGGUGGCCGUGGGCUCGGCCGUGGGACACACCAUCGGCCACGCCAUCACUGGAGGAUUUAGUGGAGGGGGCAGCUCCGAGGCUGCCAGGCCUGAUAUCACUUACCAGGAGCCCCAGGCUGCUCAGGCUGCCCAGCAGCAGCAGCAGUAUGGUCCUUGCCAGUACGAGAUGAAACAAUUCCUGGAGUGUGCCCAGAACCAGACUGACCUCAAGCUGUGCGAGGGCUUCAGUGAGGUGUUCAAGCAGUGCAGGGUUGCCAACGGUUUGGCCUAAGCACAAGGAGGCUGCUAAAGAUCGUCUUACAAGAACUGACCUAUGAAUGAAAACAAAAAAAGCUUCAGUAAUAAAGUUUAAAGCUGUUUGGUAUCUUGUUAGUUCAUAUAUUCACACUCUCAUCCCUGUGGCUUGACUCCUGCCGUAGCUGCCUCUGUCAUCCAACUUCACAGCCGCAAUUUAAUUUAGCACAAAAUGGAAGAGUGAAUAAUAAAGCAGAAUGAGCUAACAUGGGUUUAA